CUCAAUCGACAACCACUCACUCCCAUCUUGUUCGGAGCUAGAGAAGGUGUGGCCUUCGCCGUCACGAAACUAGGCUCUGUGCGGCGCCCUCCUCUCGGUUGUGGAGGCGAACCCCUCAAAUUUGGGGGCCAUUGCUUGGCUUGCUCUGACGAGUCGGUGGAGCAGGUAUGACCGGGUUGUUGUUGUCCAAGUGCAAGAGAGAAGAGGGCAAUUAGACAGGGACGACAUAGACUCUCAACGAGCCAGAUGACGACUCGACAAGGUGGAUCUAUCGGGGCACUACAACGCCGAGACGGCGGAGGACUCUGUGAUGCCAGUACCUAGAUCUGUUGUGACAAAAGGAGGUGUUCACCAGAGCAGGGCUGUUCCGUCAGCAUCGAUUCAUCAUCACCCACUACAAGGAGGCAUAGGAUGGACUCUGAGUCUUCAAACUUGUUACCCCAGUAUGGGGAUUUCCCAUGUCGAACUUCAGUUCAACAAAAUGCACAACCACCAAAUGUUUCAACUCAGCUACGAGAUAUUGUCGAAGGACCACAAUCAACUGUCCAAGUGAAAAGAAGGCCAGUGGCGAGGAGAAAACUUGCAAAUUUCUGUACCAAGGAGGAUUGCAGGUUGUCCCAGUGUUGGCUAGCAAUAAAAUGUGACCCUGUUGUCAACACUGGACAAAAACAACAAGGAUUAUGGAAUAGGCUCACCGAGGCAUACAACCAUCGACGGGGCAACAUGCCUGAAAGAUCAACUAAGUCACUUAUGAGUAGAUGGGAUACCAUAAAAACACAAUGCUCACUAUUUUCUGGCUACAUGGCAAAUGUCCUACGAGAGAACUCUAGUGGGUUGUCCGACGCUGAUAAGACAUCUCUAGCAGCUUCUCGAUUUGCUACUAUGGAGAAGCGCCCAUUCACUCUUUUGCAUUGUUGGUCUAUUCUAAAGGAUGAACCAAAGUGGAUGGAUCAUAGUUCCAAUAAGCAAGUUCGAAUUAUUGAAGUUGCACCAAUUGGAUCGAACAUCAUCGACCUAGACCCUAAAGACUCUUUUCUUGGUAGCACAACAUCAAAGCAACAUCUAGGUCAAGAUGCAAGCAAGGGAAAAACUAAAAAGGCUCGAUCAAGCUCAAUCACUGUAAGCUCAUCGGAUGAAUAUCUUGCCAAAAUGGAUGAUCUUUCUCUACAAAGGUUGUCGGUUUACCAAACAACUAUGGCAUUUGAGCAGCAAAAGGCAGAGAGGGAUGAUCAAUUUCGUAAACAACAAUUGGAGAUUGAGCAACAAAAGUUGGCCAUUGAACGAGAGCGUUUGGAACGCCAGAAAAGGAUUGAUGAGAAGGCAGAAGAGGAGCGUAUCCUAGCAAUUGACAUGUCCAUUUGCAAUCCUGCUCAGCGUGCAUACUAUAAGAAGUUGCAGCAACAGAUCCUAUCUAAGAUACAAGCCGAUAUGUCCAAUAUUGAAUGAGGUUUCCAUGGAGUUUUAGCAUGCCAAAACCAUAAAAUUUAUAUACUUUGUUGUGUUCAGUUUCCUUACAAGUUUGGUAUUGGUAUUUCUUUGAUUUUCUUUCAUGCAUUAGUUCAUCAAAUUUCUUGUAAUAAGAGCAUGUGUCUGAUGUUGUUGUGAUAAUAGAAAUGUUAAAAGCCAGUCAUGUGGUUUGACAUUAA